AUACGAAACGUUUGAGUGGCACUGGUGACCGUGAAGCCAACUCAACUCCCGCUGUAUGGACAAAUCCUGCUUCCAGCACACGUGGAGCAUUCUGUGUGCUCCAGACAUGCUCCAAGUGUGGUAUAAAAUCAGUUCUAGCUCACCCGUCCUCUUCUCGCGAAUUUUCGCAUAUCAUUCUACCUUCAUCUGUUGCUUCGUUUUGUAAGAUUAUCGUCUCCUUUUAUCGAAGUCACCUCAUAGCAAUGUAUCAGAUGGCUCCUUACAGGCGACAGAAACGAGGUUUCGGGUGGCAAUAUGACAACUACCCGGCUUUUGAUAUAGCAGCAAACUUUGGUGGUGUGGGCGGAUACGGGUGGAAUAGCAGCUUUGACACCCAGUACUACGACCUGCCGGGCACUGUCGAACAGGCAACACGAUCGCAUGUAGAGGCACAAAACGAAUUUGAAAAGGCAAAGGAAAAAUAUGAAGAGGCCAAAAAGAAGUACGAAGAAUGCGAGAAGAAGGUCAAAGAAGCAGAAAAAAUGCUAAGGCUUGCGAAGUAUCGUGCUCAAACUUGGUGACAUGGAUGCAAGCGCAAGCAUUUAUCAAGUGGCUGCUGGCAGCACAAAUGCUAGUGUAGGCGAAGAUGGGCCUAUCGGUGUCUAGAAUUCCAAGGAGGUGUUAUGAGUGCUUUUGCUUCGUUCUGUAUGAUGGACGUUUGGUGUACCUUGCGAGGACUCACGAAGCCAAUU